AUGAAGAUUGAACAAGUGGUCAAAGUUGCAGAGAUCGAAGACGAUGCUCUGUUAGGAUAUGACAUUUUGAAAGGUUCAAAAGGUGGUCCGGCGGAUAUCCUUCUUAGCAGCAAUAAAAUAAUUCUUGACGGAGUGGAGAUUCCAAUUUUUCAAGUAGGAAAGCACAAAAAGACCAGGCGAGUGAGGGUAGCUGACGACACAAAAGUACCUGGUUUAACUGAGAUGAUUAUAGAUGUUUUUGUGGAGCGAUAUGAGGAGGACGAAGCUGACGAAUGUGAGUUCGUAAUAGACCCAGAUGACAGGUUUUACGAUCAGUACCCUUUGCAAAUGGCAUCAACAUUGGUGGAUUUAAAUCGAAAUCCAACCUGCCAAUUAAGAGUGUUGAAUCCAAGUGACACAGUGGUGGAGUUAAAACAGGACGCAGUUAUCGCACAAGCUGAGAGAGUUGAGAGAAUAAUUAGUGUAGUAUCUCCGGCUGAAAAUGCAGGCAAACAGCGUGACCGUUCAAAUAUUCGCCGAAUACAGGUUGAACAACAAUCAACGGAUAGUAAGACAAUAGAGUUUCAAGAAGCCAGUGAGUCUGAAGUGCCAGAACAUUUGAUACCACUUUACAAAAAGUCAAUAGAAGGCAAGUCUACAUGGGAAAAACGGGUUAUAGCCGGUACCCUACUAAAGUUUAGUGAUAACUUCUCAAAAACAGAAUGGGACAUUGGGCUCACAACGCUGGCUGAACACUCUAUUAAUACGGGCGACGCAGAGCCAAUAAAACAGAGACCACGACGGGUGCCAUUGGCGUAUGCCGAACAAGAAAAGACGGCCAUAGAUGAUUUGCUGCAGAAGGGCGUGAUACAGAAGAGUACCUCGCCAUGGGCAUCACCUAUUGUUCUCGUAAAGAAGAAGUCUGGUGCCAUAAGACCCUGCGUAGAUUAUCGGAAACUGAACGCUUUGGUUUAA